AUGGCUGCUGGCAAGAACAGUGGGAGCCGUCAUGUAUGCUACCUACCCAACAAUCAAUCCGAUGGGCAUGGAUCAUCAUGCCCCCGCUGGGGCUUGCUCGCAUACAGAUGUGGUAAUCACCACCUACGUGUUGAGAUGGGCGCUGAGUUAGACCUCGCACAUCUUCCCGCCCAGAUCGAAGAUGCCCUCUAUGACUCUCCAGCUCCAUCUCCCGACGCCGAUCUUCCGGAUUAUCCAUCCGGGAGGGGAAAGAUCGCAGCCUACUGGGGCCAGCACGACGGAGAGGAUGAUCUCGAUCAGGUUUGCAGCUCCGGGAAGUACAAGAUCGUGAUGCUCGCGUUCCUGGCCAGCUUUGGCAACUUCCUGGAUCCGGUUCUCAACUUGGCCAACCAUUGCGAUCCCUCCAACGGCGGCUGCAAGGCUUACAGCAGCAAGAUCAAAGCUUGUCAGGCCAAAGGCGUGCAGAUCAUCCUCUCCAUUGGUGGCGGAGCUUCCGGCGGGUACUUGGUCAGCGAUGCCGAUGCUAGAGAUUUUGCGGAGAAGCUCUGGAACAGCUACCUCGGCGGGCACUCCUCGGAUCGUCCCCUUGGAUCGGCAGUGCUGAACGGGAUUGAUCUGGAUAUCGAGGGUGGUGGAAUCCCGGAUCGAUAUGGAGUGAUGGUGAAGAGCUUGCGCAGCCUCGCUCAUGGGUCUGGCAAGAAGAAGCUCGUCGUCACCGCAGCUCCCCAGUGCCCGUUCCCGGAUUUGAAUCUCGGGACUGCCAUCCAGAUUCCGGGACUCUUUGACUACUUGUUUGUCCAGUUUUACAAUAAUCCUUGCGGUUAUGGUGGCGGUGGAGCUGAGAACUUGCUUGAUUCGUGGAAGCAGUGGACUACCGCGAUUCCAACCGCGAAGAUCUUCCUGGGGCUUCCGGCUUCUCCUUCCGCGGCAGGCAGUGGGUUUCUCCCUCCGAAUGUUUGCAAGUCGAGCGUUCUUCCGGAGAUCAAGCGCUCCAAGAAUUAUGGUGGUGUCAUGUUUUGGUCGGUUUACUAUGAUCAGCAGGAGCAGUAUAGCGAGGCCAUUCGUUCCAGUGUGUGAUCACGCACUGUUCCUCACCACGUACAUAAAUAGAUUGAUUC